AUGGCUGCACUUGCUGCUUCUUCGCUCAAUGGCGUUAAGAUUUAUAAUUUAUCAUCAGGUAAGACAUUACCACAAUGGUUGGCUGAAAAAGGUGGUAGUCGCAAAGCUUUGGCGAAAGACGAGGAUUAUCGUCGUCGUGUAGAGCUCUUGCAGGAUUGUCACUUCCCCGCUGCUUCACAGCGCGUGCGCAUGUCUUCAGAUGGCAAUUAUGUGGUAGCUACUGGAGUUUAUCCUCCUUCUGUUAAGGUUUUUGAUGUGCGUGAUUUGAGUCUCAAGUUUCAGCGAGGUCUGGACGCUGAAGUUGUGCAAUUUGACAUCCUGUCAUCAGAUUUCGGUAAACUCGUGUUUCUCCAGGCAGACCGUACUUUAGCCUUUCAUGCACCCUACGGGCUGCACUACAGCAUGCGGAUACCCAAAUUUGGUCGUGAUAUGAUAUAUCAUCGCGAGAACUGCGAGCUAUACGUUGCUGCAUCCGGUUCGGAUGUUUACAGGAUCAAUCUGGACCAGGGUCGGUUUGUUGCUCCCUUGGAGCUGGAGUCGCCGUCCUCAGCAGCUAAUGUGCUGCAUUUGAACCCUAUUCAUCAGCUAAUUGGAAUUGGGUGUGAAGAUGGGGUAGUGGAGAUGUUUGAUUCUAGGAACCAGCAUCGUGUGGGCAGUCUGAAUGUUGCGGCACACUGUGCAUCAAAAAAUUCGGACAAGCAGCUGGAAGUUACGGCAUUGAGAUUUGACGAUGACGGACUGACAUUUGGUGUUGGCACGUCGGAAGGGCAGUGUUUGUUGUAUGACUUGCGCUCGUCACGACCGUUGCUGGAAAAAACUCACCAGUAUGGACUGCCAAUUGUAAAUCUUCAGUUCCAUGACUAUGCGCAAAAAGUAAUUUCGUCAGACGCCAAGGUGAUUAAGAUUUGGAAUCGUAAGGAUGGCGCUGUGUUCACGAAUAUAGAAACGCCUGCUGAAGUGAAGGAUGUGUGUGUUGUGGACGGAGCACAGGGAAAGUCUGGCGUCUUGCUUGUGGCAGGCGAGCAGGAGCGUGUGAUGAGCUACUAUGUUCCAGAGCUGGGCAUCGCAUCGAAGUGGUGCUCAUUUUUGGAUUCGCUCACUGAGGAGCUUGAGGAGGAGGCACAGGCCACAGUCUACGACGACUACCGGUUCGUUACGCGUGCGGAGAUUGCCACAUUAGGCCUGGAUCAUCUUGUUGGUACGCCGCUACUCAAAGCCUACAUGCACGGUUUUUUUAUGGAUGCUCGUUUAUACAACAAGGUAAAGGCUGUGUCGGAGCCGUUUGCGUACGAUGAUUGGCGCAAGAAGAAGCUUAAAGAGAAGGUUGAGGCAAAACAAAGCAACCGCAUCACCAUCCAGCGUCGACUGCCCAAGAUUAAUCGCGCUACGGCAGAGCGCAUUCUACAAAGUGAUGCCAAGCGAAAGAAAAACGGCACGGAGGCCAAUGGCGAGGUGGCCGAUGCCGACAAAAUAUUCUCGAAUCCGUUGGGCGAUGAACGUUUUUCGCGCAUGUUCACGUCCACGGACUUUGAAGUAGAUGAGGAGAGUGAAACGUACCGUAUGCUGCACCCGAACGCUAUCAAUACGAAGCAACAGCGCAAGCAAAAGGAAGAUAUGGACAGUGAUGCUGCUACUGACGACGACGAGGUAGGCAGUCGUUUUGCUCGUGUCGACGACGAAGAUGAGGUGGAGGGUAGACCAAGUGACGAAUCUUCUGACGAAGAGAAGGAACUAGAAACUCAGGAGCGUGCGCCACAGCAUGCGGCUCCAAAGGUCAAGCGAAAACGAGCACCCAAGUUUUACGUGAUUGCAGAAGGUGAAAAGGUGGGUGAUCUCAUGGCUUUUGGCUCAUCAAGUGACCGUGCAGCUCAGCGUGAGAAGAAGCAGCUGGCUAAAGUGCCACUUGUAGAGCGGUUGCGCAUGCAACGCGUGACGGAGAAGGAGCGAAGUGCAUUCAAGAAGGAGGAGACUGCAGGUGGAGGUUACAUUCGCGAGAUGUCAUUCGUUCCCCAGGCCGACCUUCGGAAGCAGCAGCGUGCUCGUGAUCGCAAAAAUGGUGACGAUGGAGAUUCAGCAUUUGAUAAUGACAAGCGACGGAAGAAACGUGGUGUCGGUGACCUAAAGUUUUCAAACUCUGGAGGGCGAGGUCGCUUUCGUCGAUAA